CUUCGCGGGGGCCGCCGGCCGCGAUUUUUCUUUCGCGUUUUCGUUUUCCCCGGGCAAGGGGGGAGGGUGGGGGGGGGCGGGCGGAGCGGGCCGGGGGGACUUAGUGCGAGCUGCCUUCUGCGCCAAGGUGCAGCCCGGCGGCGGCAGGAGGAUGCGAGCCGAGGGCGGCCGAGCUACGGAGCAGCUACCUGUGUGGCCCGGGCGGCCGCUGCCGGGACCUGCCGGAGACAUCGCCAUGUGAAGGGGCAGACCCGGGGCCGGCUCUCCACCCCGCCUCGCUCAAUGGGAGAUCUAACUGACUUUACGCAGACAAUGCUCCCAAAGACUGCACGAUAAUUCCUGGUGGCCAGAAGAGGAGGCACACUGGGGCCCUUACAGAAGAGGACCGAGAACAGGAGGGCAAGAGCUUCCUACUUCCCCUCUGGCAGAGGUACCAAGUGCGUGGCCUAUCUGCCAACGUGAACAACGUACUCAUUAUCAGAAAGCAAGCGAGACUGAGAGCCACCCCAAGACACUUGGAGCACGGGAGGAAGAGGAGUGGCGCCAGCAUGGAUAAGGACAGCACAAGCCUAGCUGACCAGCAGUAUGAAUGUGUGGCUGAGAUUGGGGAAGGAGCCUAUGGGAAGGUGUUCAAAGCCCGAGACUUGAAGAACGGUGGCCGCUUUGUUGCUCUGAAGCGGGUACGGGUGCAGACCAGCGAGGAGGGGAUGCCGCUGUCCACCAUCCGAGAGGUGGCAGUUUUGAGGCACCUGGAGACAUUCGAGCACCCCAACGUGGUCAGAUUGUUUGAUGUGUGCACCGUGUCACGAACAGACAGAGAGACCAAACUAACGUUAGUGUUUGAACAUGUGGAUCAAGACUUGACUACUUACUUGGAUAAAGUUCCAGAGCCUGGAGUGCCUACUGAAACUAUAAAGGAUAUGAUGCUUCAGCUGUUUCGGGGGCUGGAUUUUCUGCAUUCACAUCGUGUGGUGCAUCGGGACCUGAAACCCCAAAAUAUCCUUGUAACCAGCAGCGGUCAGAUAAAGUUAGCUGACUUUGGCCUUGCACGAAUCUACAGUUUUCAGAUGGCUCUAACAUCAGUGGUUGUUACUUUGUGGUAUAGAGCUCCUGAAGUUUUGCUUCAGUCCAGCUAUGCAACACCAGUCGAUCUUUGGAGUGUCGGCUGCAUAUUUGCAGAAAUGUUCCGUCGAAAACCACUCUUCCGUGGAAAUUCAGAUGUUGAUCAGCUAGGAAAAAUCUUUGAUGUAAUUGGACUCCCAGAAGAAGAAGACUGGCCUAAUGACGUUGCCCUUCCAAGAAAUGCUUUCACUUCCAGACCCGCACAACCUAUUGAAAAAUUUGUGCCAGAUAUUGAUGAACUGGGCAAAGACUUGCUUCUUAAAUGCUUAGCGUUCAACCCAACCAAGAGAAUAUCUGCCUAUGUUGCCCUCUCUCACCCAUAUUUCCAUGGUCUGGAGAAAUGCAAGGAGAAUCUGGACUCUCACAUGUCAUCCAGCCAAAACUCUAGUGAGGUGAAUGCAUCAUAAUGCUGACUGAAGAUGAACCAUUAAUGAACAAGAUGCGUAGCUGACAAGGCCACUGUCCCAUACAAACCACGUAGCUGUUCUAGCGAAGAUCAUUAUUUGGAGGUUUUAUGCACUUAUCGUUUAUUUGGGGACUGUGAUAUGCUUAUCCAAGAAAAUCAAUCUAGUUUACUUUCAUCAGAGCAACGCAAGGGCCAGUGCUUUGACCUGCUCCCAUUGCAGCUUUAUGUUUGUUUUGUUUUUGUUUUGUUUAUCUACCUGGGAAAACUCCAGACAAAGAGAAGCUGCUGACCAGUUUUGCUGCCAUUUUAUCCUUGUAAUAUCAAAUGCUGCCAGUGUGGAGUAGGAUGAUCGAGUCACUGCCAAAACAUGAUGCAAUCUCUCUCUCUAGCUGCUGAAGCAUGAUUUGGUACUUUUUAAACUAUUAUUAUGUGAUCUCUUACAGUGAUAUUUAAAGAAUGGCAUUGAAAUACCAGAUCUCUGCAACUGCAGUUAACUGAUACGUGCAUUAAUACAUCCAGCUACUGUUUAUUCAUAGCAUACGAGCAGGUGCUUCCCCACUUGAAAACUUGGAUUAUUUUAUCAUUUCAUUGCUCUAUAAAAAUAACAGUGAUGAUGGUCAUCAUAAUACAUGUCUCAACUUAGGUUCUUUCACACACAGAUGAGUUACUAUCUAGCUACAUUUGUGUGCAUAUUGCAAAA